UGGUGGUUAAAGCCCAGCUGUUUCAUGUAAACGAAUUUGGAAUGUUUGCCGGGCGUAGCUUCUAGAAACAAAUAUAGUUUAUGUUCGUUGAUCAAGUUGAAGUUCUUUGGAGAGUCUAUAUCAAAAUUUCAGUAAUUUGAUAAUAGCAAUAAAUCGUAAAAGAUGCCACAGGCAAGAAGAAAAACUCCUUUUAGUACUAAAGCUAAAAAGCAACAAUUACAAGCUCGAAAGCAGAGAAAAACUCACGUUUUAUUGAAUUCUCAACGUAAAGAUCAAGAUGAUGAUGAAAAUGCUUUUACCUCAGAGUUUGGUGGUCCUGGCAUUAAAAAAAUCAAUAAACAACCAUGUGAUAAUACAGGAAACAAAGGUAAAUACGCUUUGCAAUUUUUCCAAGAGUCGCAGUUGGAACUUAAAAAGCGUAAGGAACAAGCUUUGGAGCCAGUCACUGUGAAAACAAUUGAGGAGCAAGAAAUUUCAGAUGACUACUUUCCUGAAGGUAUUGAUAUGCCGAAACGCCCUGCAUGGGAUUUCAGUAUGAGUAAAGAAGAAUUAGAUAUGAGAGAGCAAAAGUAUUUCACAGAGUAUUUAAAAAGUAUGGAAGACUUAGCUGAUGUAAGCUACUUUGAAUUGAAUCUUGAAACUUGGAGACAGUUAUGGAGAGUUAUUGAAAUUACAGAUAUAUUAUUAAUUAUUGUUGAUAUCAGAUAUCCCGUUAUGAUGUUUCCGCCUUACUUAUAUAAGUAUAUAACUGACGACUUGGGCAAAGAUAUGAUUUUAAUUCUUAACAAAGUUGAUUUGGCUCCGGCACCACUGGUUGUUGCUUGGCAGCAUUAUUUCCAAACAAAAUAUCCAAAACUUCACAUUUUAGUAUUUACAUCUUUUCCAACAUAUAAUGUCAGACAGACUGACAAUAAUGAAGAUAAAAAGUUAAAGUCAAGAAGGAGAAGAGGUAAACUAAAGAUGUCAGCUGAAGGAGCUCAAAAAAUUAUGGAAAAAUGCAAAGAAAUUGUUGAUGGUCAAGUAGAUCUAACCAGUUGGCACAAUAAAAUUCAAGAAGAAAUGCAUUUGGAAUAUGAUAUGGAUAUGGAAGAAAUUGAUAGAAAAGAAAAUGUUACAGUUGAGAAGAAAGAUACUGGAUAUUGUGUGCGUGAAAAAUAUAAAAAUGGAGUCUUAUCAAUAGGAUGUGUUGGUACACCAAAUGUAGGAAAAUCAUCUCUCAUAAAUGCAUUAAUGGGAAAAAAAGUUGUUAGUGUAUCUCGAACCCCGGGUCAUACCAAACAUUUUCAAACAAUUUAUCUAACCAAAAACGUUUGUCUUUGUGAUUGUCCUGGUCUGGUAUUUCCAUCAACGGUUCCCAAACCCUUUCAAAUACUCAUGGGUUCAUUUCCAAUUGCUCAAGUUCGCGAGCCGUACUCAACAAUCAAGUUCAUUGCCGAAAGAAUAGAUUUACCGAAACUUCUUAAACUCCAUCACGAAGACGACGAUUUUGUGGAUGGUGAAGAAAUUUGGUCAGCCAUGGACAUUUGUGACAGCUGGGCAGCUAAAAGAAAUUUCCGUACCGCAAAAGCAGCUCGUUUGGAUUCUUAUCGAGCUGCAAAUAAUUUACUCAGAAUGACAUUAGAAGGGAAGAUUUGCGUUUUGGCUUAUCCACCAAAAUGGUCAAAAGAACAAAAAACCUGGGAAACUCAUCCGGAUGUUGAAAUCGUUCAAUGGAUUCAAGCGCGAAUGCGCACGGAAGAAGAUCAUUAUUAUCAGGAAAAGCUCGAUUCUCUUUCAGAAUCCGACGAAGAUGAUGCCGAGACAAACGAAGAACAAGAAACAUCCGAAAAAGAUAACUCAGGUGACUCUAAAGACGAAUCAUCCGAUGAGGAAGAAAUCGCACCUAAGUGGGAAAACAAAUUUCAACUGCUAGACGAAGAAAUGUAAUAUCUUAAGAACGCAUCCAUUUUUUCUGUUAUUCACACUGUAGCUUUGUUUUUAUUAUGAUUCAAAAUACUGUAUUUAUCUUUCGUAAAAUAU